UCCCCCCGCCCCGGCCGCUGCCCGAAUCAGUGGGAGGAAGAUGGCGGCGCUCAUCCCCCUCAGCCAGCAGUUUUCUGCUGGGAAUCCGUUAUAUGAAACUUAUUACAAACAGGUAGAUCCAACAUACACAGGGAGAGUUGGGGCGAGUGAAGCUGCACUGUUUCUUAAAAAGUCUGGUCUCUCUGACAUUAUCCUUGGACAAAUAUGGGAUUUGGCUGACCCAGAGGGUAAAGGAUACUUGGAUAAACAGGGUUUCUAUGUCGCUUUGCGCCUUGUAGCGUGUGCACAGAACGGCCACGAUGUUAACCUGAGCAGUCUGAACUUGACUGUGCCACCUCCUAAAUUUCAUGACUCUAGCAGUCCUUUGCUGAUGACACCACCUUCAGCAGAGACUCACUGGGCUGUUAGGGUGGAAGAAAAAGCAAAGUUUGAUGGUAUUUUUGAAAGCCUUUUGCCAGUAAAUGGUUUACUUUCAGGAGACAAAGUAAAACCAGUACUGAUGAAUUCAAAGCUACCUCUUGAUAUCCUAGGAAGGGUCUGGGAUCUCAGUGAUAUUGAUAAAGAUGGUCACCUGGACAAGGAUGAAUUUGCUGUGGCAAUGCAUUUGGUUUAUAGAGCUCUUGAGAAAGAGCCAGUUCCUUCACUAUUACCCCCUUCUCUCAUACCACCUUCUAAAAGAAAGAAGACACCCGUCUUUCCUGGUGCAGUUCCUGUUCUCCCUGCCAGUCCUCCACCUAAAGACAGCCUCCGUUCCACCCCGUCUCACGGUAGUGUCAACAGUCUCAACAGCACAGGCAGUUUGUCUCCCAAGCACAGCAUCAAACAAGCACAGCCAUCUGUGAACUGGGUGGUGCCAGUGUCUGAAAAAGCACGAUACGAUGAGAUUUUCUUAAAAACAGACACAGACAUGGAUGGUUUUGUGAGUGGCCAAGAAGUAAAGGACAUUUUUAUGCAUUCAGGUCUGUCUCAGAAUCUCCUAGCACAUAUAUGGGCUUUGGCAGACACAAGACAGAUGGGAAAGUUAAGCAAAGAUCAGUUUGCACUAGCAAUGUAUCUCAUCCAACAGAAGGUCAGUAAAGGGAUUGAUCCUCCACAAGUGUUGUCCCCAGACAUGAUCCCUCCCACAGAGAGGAACACUCCCAUACAGGACAGUUCCAGUUCCGUUGGAUCAGGAGAAUUUACAGGGGUGAAGGAACUGGAUGAUAUUAGUCAAGAAAUUGCACAGCUGCAGAGAGAAAAAUACUCACUAGAGCAAGACAUUAGGGAAAAGGAAGAAUCAAUCAGACAGAAAACCAAUGAAGUUCAGGAACUGCAAAACGAUUUGGACAGGGAGACAAGCAGCUUGCAAGAGCUAGAGGCUCAGAAACAAGAUGCCCAAGACCGUCUGGAUGAAAUGGACCAGCAGAAAGCCAAACUGAAAGAUAUGCUGAAUGAUGUAAGGCAGAAAUGCCAGGAAGAAACGCAGGUGGUGAGUAUUUCAUCACUAAAGAUGCAAAUUCAAUCUCAGGAAUCAGAUUUAAAAUUACAGGAAGAUGACCUUAAUAGAGCAAAAGCAGAACUGAAUCGCCUCCAGCAGGAAGAGACUCAGCUAGAGCAGAGUAUCCAGGCUGGAAAAGUGCAGCUUGAAACAAUCAUCAAAUCUUUAAAAUCAACACAGGAAGAAAUAAACCAGGCAAGAAGUAAACUUUCUCAACUUCAAGAGAGUCAUCAAGAAGUGAGUAAGAGUAUAGAAGAAAACAAUGAAGCUCUCAAUGGGAUUCACGGUGGGAGCCUGACAAAUCUAGCAGAUAUAAGUGAAGGCCUUGGGCAGACAGAAAGAAGCAACUAUGGAGCUAUGGAGGAUCCAUUUAAGAAUAAAGCCUUGAUGUUUAGCAAUAAUACCCAAGAAUUGCAUACAGAUCCAUUCCAGUCAGAAGAUCCUUUCAAAUCUGAUCCAUUUAAGGGAGCAGACCCUUUCAAAGGCAGUGACCCAUUCCAGCAUGAUCCUUUUGCAGAACAAGCACCUGCUCCAGCAGAUCCAUUUGGAGGUGAUCCAUUUAAGGAAAGUGACCCAUUUCGUAGCUCUGCCCCUGAGGAUUUCUUCAAGAAACAGGUGAAGAGUGACCCGUUUACCUCAGAUCCAUUCACAAAACCCCCCACUUUGCCCUCAAAGCCUGACCCUUUUGAAAGCAGUGAUCCUUUUACAUCUUCCAGCAUCUCUUCAAAAGGUCCAGACCCAUUUGGAACACUGGAUCCAUUUGGAAGCGGUGCUUUCAGUAGUUGUGAGGGAUUUGCAGACUUCAGCCAGAUGUCAAAGUCAGUAGCUUCAGACCCUUUUGCCUCCUCUUUUGGAGGGGUGGGAUUCUCAGAUGACCCUUUCAAAAGCAAAUCGGACACACCAGCGUUACCACCAAAGAAAAAUGUCCCUCCACGACCCAAGCCACCCAGUGGUAAAAGUACUCCUGUAAGCCACCUUGGGUCUGCAGAUUUUCCCAAGCCCCAUGAUCCAUUCCAGCCAUUUGGGGCUGACAGCAGUGACCCGUUUCAAAGUAAAAAGGGGUUUGGGGACCCAUUUAGUGGAAAAGAUCCAUUUGCUCCCUCCUCUUCAAGUAAAACUUCUAAAGACUCUUCCUUGGGGUUUGCAGACUUCAGCUCUUUUGGCAAUGAAGAGCAGCAGCUGGCAUGGGCCAAGCGGGAGAGUGAAAAAGCAGAGCAAGAAAGACUAGCGCGGUUGCGGAGACAAGAGCAAGAAGACCUUGAGUUGGCUAUUGCACUCAGUAAGGCUGACAUGCCAAACUCUUAAACAGAGGUUCUCUGGCUCCACCUUGUCCAAGUGAAACCUUUAAACACAGCUUUUUUAUAAAAAUACUCAGUUCUUGGUUUAUGUUGUGAGAAUCGUUUUAGUCACCUUCAGCUCUCAGCAGGACUGGCGGGUUGCAGCAAACCGGGCUCCGUGGGGCUCGGCGGGUGCAUCGUGAGCAGGAAGCACUGUGUUCUGUGUGCCAGGUAAAACUCACUGCUUGUAAGAGAGAAAACACCUGAAAGCAAAGCUUCUUUAUCUGGGAGACAGUUUUGCAACUGCAUCUUGUGAAUCUGGCUUUUUCUGACCUGGAUUCCAGUGGGGGUGGGGUUUUUUUUUGAGGCUGCAGUAUGAAUGUCAAAGAAAAAUGUCACCUGGAGACCAUAGAAGUAGCUCUCACUUGUUAUAUUGAUUUACUAAUUCCUGGUAGGCUGAUCAUCUGCAUCACCUGUGCCAGAAUCUUCAGCAUCCAUUUGUUUAUUACAUGGUCCCUUGUUUAUCCAGAUGUGGCUUUUACAAAAGAAUCUGGUGUUUUCUAGAUGGUGAAUAUAGUGAACUGCAGACAGUGUCAUGGAAUCAAAGCCUCUGUCAACGAGGGGUUCUUCUCAUUUGGAUAGUUGUUUGCAUUGAUUUCUAAUACUUGCAAGAGAUGCUGUAAAAGAGGGAGUUAAUUCAGUUGUAGCAAACUGAACAAAUGAUUUGGCAGUUAAACCAUUAGGCAAAAUCGAGCUGAAUAAGCAGAUGGGAUUGCAGGAGCGUGGCACAAGUUGGGGUGAUGCUUUCCAGUAAAAUCAAGCAAUCAACUGGAACAGAAAACUAAGCAGGAGCAAUGUUCAUCCCUACAAUUUAUUUUACCCUCUUUUGCUCCAGCCACCAGAACAUAGAGCAUAUUAUUUGUGUGAGACAGUCCCUUACCUCUGCUUCUUUAAUUCCACCUAUCUUAUGGAGUUAUAGGUCAAAAAUCAUUUAGCUGAAAUAAGGUCAAGUUGAAACAUUUCAUUUGCCAAAUAGAUGUUGAUGUGUAACUUACAGAAGUACUGGCAGGCUGGCUUGGCUUUAAAAUAUGGCUUGCAGUAGUAAGUCCAAGUAGGAGCAGCUUUUCUAUAUACCUGUAGAACUGGUAUAUAUCAGGACAGAACAGCAUGUGUUUUACAUGUCAUAUGUAAAAUAAACCCUUGCAAGUCUGUGCAGUAUUUACUUACUACAAAUGCCUUUUCUGAAACCUCAGUUGUCUCUGCCUUGGACUUUAUGUGUAAACAGAGUAGGGAUCUAGCACAAAGGUGUAACCUGUAUCUGCUUUCCUAUCCCUGAUCCUGUAGGAAUACAAAGCUUAACAGUCUGGUUUUACUGAUGCAACCUCCUUCAUCAUCUCUAAUGCAUCUCUAGUUUUUCUGUCCUUGCAUCCUUCCUUUUACUUUUCAUAAGACAAUGAUAGUGCCUGUUCACUGAAUGAAAAUGCUCUUUCCCCAUUCUGCUGUAAUUGCCUUAUUCUGGAUGCUUUCCUCACAGAGAGAUGAGAAUCAGAUUGAAUCAUUUUCAAUCUCAGUAAUUUCCAGCUCUGAAAAGCAGCUGAGAUGUGGCAUUUGUUGUCUCAGGCUUUUGUGAGUAGGUCCAUGGGAGAGCGUGUGCCUGUGCCUGCACACACAGCCAUGCCCAUCCAUCCAGUCGUGUCUGCAGCAAUCCAUGGACACAAACCCUGUCUCUCAAAAUGCAGUUUGAGGAGUCACAGUUCCCAGUUUGCUCUGUCUCUCCUGUGGUGAUGGUAGUACAAAUAAUGCAAACCUUUCAUGCCUCUCAGCAGGGGAGAAGCUGCACUCUUGUGUCUGUAACAGCCAUGGAAUGGUCUCUCACGCUGUGUUUUAAUGACUCUUUGAAAUGCAGAAUAAGAUAUUCCUAAAUUUCCAGAACCUGACUUGAAAUCUCUUCCCCUUGUGGUAAUUUUUCUCUAAGAGGCAUCAGAUUUAACCAUCAGACAUAGUAAAAUGUCAACAAAUCCUCUUUUCUGUCAGCGUACAGGGCUGAGAGCAAACGUGGCUGUGUCUGCAGCUAACAGGAGAGAAAGCUUUAGCUGGGAAAGAGCAGCUUUCACACCUGAACACCUGCAGGACUCUCAGUGAAGUUAAAGCAAAUUGUGUCCACGUGUAAGAUUCUCCUGUUCCUUUUCAUUUGGGCUGAGCCUUGGUGGUGUCUCUCCUGCUACAAUAAAACCCCAUUCAUGCGCUGGGGCCCUUUGAGAAAGGAAAAACCCACUUCUGGCCUGCAGCUUGGGCUGAUGUCACUCCAGGGGGACGGGGUGGAUGAGCUAAAUGCCUUGAUUCAUUUUCUGAGUUAUGUUCCAUAACAAGACUUUCAGCUCCUUUGGCAGAGCUCUGAAAUGCUGUAAUUUCUAACGCUUCUGAGGCAAUGAGUCGGUGUUUUCAAGGCCUCCAGCAGGAAGCCAGAAAUGUGAAUUAAAUCUCUCAUUCCAUGUAGUGUUAGAGCUAAUUGCUCAUUUUUCCUAUUUCCUUACUGACUCAUUCUUCAUAUUUGCUUGGAUAGUAACUGAAGAUCAAGCAAAUGAACAAGGGCAGGACAAGUUCUCUAUGCACAGUGUAUUAGAUUUAGUAGCCUUAGGUUUACCAAAACACUCUCUGAGUCGCUGCAGUAGAAGAAAACUUUGCUGUGAUUCCUCCUCGUUGUAUUUAAUACAGUUUUCCAUAUAAAAAGAGGGAGAUCACCCACAUUCUCCCCCAAGGCCUGUAGCUCCGUGUUUUGUAUCAUAACCCCGCGCUUGUGCUUCUAGGACAGAACUUUUGAUCUCAAGGCAUCGACCUUCUUCCUCCCAGAGCAGUGAAAUCUCAAGCACAAAGAGGGCCUGUCACUAUUUGGGCAGAGGAAGUGUGUACAAUGCAAGAGAUACAAAAUGUGAGCCUACACAAUGCAUAUAGAGUGUACAUGAUGAGAUCCAUGCUAUUUGUGUCUUGUGUGUAUAUAUAUACAUAGUGUAUUGUAUAAUGUAACAAUAGUGUGUGUAUAUACUAUAUCUGUCUACGCAGUAUGUCUAGUAUCUAGUUCCUUGUGCUGUACAGAAAAUGUGUAUAUACAAUGAAUAUGUAGAAUAUGCACAUAUAUUCUAUAUAUUAAAGCUGGUGUCUAUGUAUUCUCUAAACAGAGAUGGAGACAGAAAUGGCAUUUUGACAGAAAUGCAGAUCAUAGCUCUUAGAAUUUCAGAGUUCUGGUGAAAGGAAAAGGAGAAAUGACUACUUCUAAUAAACAUGUUUCAAGAUUACUUGCAUUGCCAUGAAAACCUCUUGUUUGCUAGCUGGGCCAGGAGUCAGAGGGAAGGCUGGCAGAGGGUAAGUGUCACCUGCACUGGCUGGGGUUUCACCUUCGUUGGAGGUUUUUCAGGUGUCUUUUUGGAAUGGUUAAUUCCUCCUCUCCUUGCCUGUGAUGGUCGUGUGCUGGUGUCUUUUCUUUCCCCUCCAGGCUGAGGCAAGGAUUUUUCUCUUACUUGUAGUUUCACUUCUGGUUUUGAUGGAUUUUCCCGCCCCCCCUUUUUUAAUCACUCUAAGGCGCUGUUCCCAGCCACACAAACACCCCACACAGCCACAUGCCAAGGUGGGAAACACGUUUUUCUUGCUUCAUUCCCCUUGUAUAAGUUCCACAUCACUUGUCAUCUGGAUUCCAGCUCUGGUUUUCCUCCAUUUCCACCUAAGCUUUUACUUCAGGAGGAAUGACCAUCCCAUUGCAUUCUUGGCUUUGAGGAAGGAAUGGAGGUGAUUCUGCUCUCUGCUCAAAGAAAUGAUGAGACUGUGUGGUAGGCUGAGCAGUCACUAAGAGUUCAGUAGGCUUUUAUUGUGGCACAUGUGUGUUUUAUCCAGAGUGUCGUCACUGCUGGAAUGAGUCAUGGAAAGCUGUGAAUUGCACCCAGCACCCAGGCACAACAGUUAAAACAGGAAAGACAGACAAUUGCUCACGUUGAACCUACGCAUGCAAAGCCUGCAUGUGGGACACAGGUAUUGAAUUACCCACAUCAGCCUUUACAGAGCAGGAUGUUCACAUUUGCCUCGAGUGCUUUCCCUGAGUUACAUUCAAAUCAGGCUGCUUGUAAAACAUCCCAGUCACUGCAAUACAAACAGAUGCUCCUACAGUCAUGCUCUAUGAAAUAUUUUUACAUUGGCAGUUUUUUCCCUGAUGAAGUCUCAGCCCUCUGAGGCUUCCCAGUCCUUACAGGGGUUUGUCUCACGUCCUGUGCUCUCAACGUGUAGGAAAUUCCAAGCUGGGUCUGGCUGUGUGCAACCUUUUCUUUGUAAAGAAAUUCCUCUCUGUGAAAUCUGUCAUCAGAAAGUUUGGUGGAAAUUUAUUUGGUCACCUGAAGCUCAAAGAUAAUGCACUUUGCUUGGAUUCUUCUUAUAAUCCUUUUGGGGUUACUAUUUCUUCUUUAGUGUUUCUCCAUUGAGAAGAGUAUUUAUUGUGUAGAACCGAGGCCCAAGGAGUUUUGGUCUGAGUAGAGCUGUUGCUUUCCCUUGUGUGAGAGUUUGAUUUCUCCCCUUUUUCUUUUGUUUUCUUCCUCCCUCUCAGGAAUUCUCAUUUCUGUUUAAUGCUCAUUUCGAGUUGGAACCCUUGAUACAGUGAAUUGAUCUGUGCUAAUCACGGUCUAGUUCAAAUACCUUCCUACGCUGGAGGAGCAGCUAAGGCUUUUUGUUGUGUGCCAACCAUUGCAUCUCUGUAGACUUCACAGCAAACAUCUUUUCUUAGAAAGGAGUUUUGCUUGGAGCAUGGUGGAACCAUAGGUGUUUAUUUCCAGACUAAAUGCGUUGUCCCUCGUUCAUUGACACACCUGUUUUAUCAGUUCAUCUCCUGCUCUUUUCCCUGGGAAAUUUCCUAAAUAAAGGAUGAAUUUGUUAUAAAAUGGAAUUUUCAUUUGUCCAAACUUCCACCUUCCCCUUUAAGUUCCACUUUCAAAGGAAAACUAGUGACUAUGGUUCCUCUGCUGUUCCCGAGUGCUCUUCUGGUUGUCCCUCUUAGUGUCACGUUCCUAAGCCUGACCUAAAAAAAAGGUGGAAGUGCAAAGUGGAAACUGCAACGUUGGCCUAAGUUUGACUAAUAUUACUCUCCAGCCAUGUACAUUAUUGUAGUUAUAUUUAUCUUCCAAACAUCAUAACGAAAGGUAUUUUAAUUUUAACCCAUUUUGUGUGUUUAUUGUUUAAUAAGAAAUGUUAUUGUUUAAUAUAAUAAAUGAAAAGUUACUUUUUGGA